AGCGGCCUUCGAGCCAACGGUUAGAGCGGACGGACGGAGGUUGAUAAUGUCGACUUGCAACUUAGAUAGAUGCAAUCUCCCAAGGGGAGCAGACAGUAUCUGAGCAGCAACAACCCGGAGGGAUGGAGACAUGAUAAUGGAUUCUGAAUUAAUGCAUAGUAUAGUAGGAAGCUAUCUUAAACCUCCAGAAAGAGUUUUUAUUCCAUCAUUUAUCCAGAAUGAUGAAUCAUCUCAGACUCACCACUGUGCAAACUUAGAAGCUACCUCUCCUAAAAUGCUUCAUAGUCCAAAUAGCCAAGCUCUUAUUUUAGCCUUAAAAACUCUUCAGGAAAAGAUUCAUCGUUUAGAAUUGGAGAGAACACAAGCUGAGGAUAACCUAAACAUUCUUUCCAGAGAGGCAGCACAGUAUAAAAAGGCCUUGGAGAAAGAAACACAUGAAAGAAAUCUGGCACACCAGGAACUGAUAAAGCAGAAAAAAGAUAUUACUAUACAGUUAAGCUCAGCUCAGUCUCGCUGUACUCUUCUAGAGAAGCAACUGGAAUAUACAAAGAGAAUGGUUCUUAAUGUAGAACGAGAGAAGAAUAUGAUCCUAGAACAACAGGCCCAGCUUCAAAGGGAAAAAGAACAAGAUCAUAGGAAGCUGCAAGCAAAACUUGAAAAUCUUGAUAUCUUAGAAAAAGAAUGUUUUAAACUUACAACCACUCAGAAAACUGCUGAGGACAAGAUUAAACAUUUAGAGGAAAAACUUAAGGAAGAAGAACAUCAGCGUAAGCUAUUUCAAGACAAAGCAUCUGAACUUCAGACUGGACUUGAAAUCAGUAGAAUUUUAAUGUCUUCAGUAUCAAAUCCAAAACACUGCAAGGAGAAGAAGAAGUCUUUGAAGAAAACUAGAUGUUUAAAGGGAGGACCACCUCAGCAAAUUCAUUCAAAGUUUGGAUCACUGCCUGUUGUGGCUGAGAAGUCUGCCAGUGUGAACUAUUCUGUGAAUGCAAGUAUGCAAAGCCUCCUGCAGUUGAUGAAACAUUACGGGCCACAUAACUGUCAGAAACUUACUGAAGUUACGGAGCCUCGAUGUCUCUACAAGCCUACUAGAACAACUUUCCAGGGUAAAGCUGAACCUUCUGAUUCAAAAAAUUCCAUUUCUAUUGGUGACAAUUUGUCUGAACUUGUGAUGGCAAUGCAGGAUGAGCUGGACCAAAUGAGUAUGGAGCAUGAAGAACUACUGAAUCAAAUGAAGGAAACUGAAAGUCAUUCAGUCUGUGAAGACAUAGAAUGUGAACUAGAACAUUUAGUCAAGAAAAUGGAAAUUAAAGGAGAACAAAUUUCCAAACUGUUGAAGCAUCAAGACAAUGUCCGUAAACUGCAGCAAAAAGUUCAAAACUCAAAGAUGAGUGAAGCUUCGGGUGUUCAGAGAGAAGAGAGCAACCUUAAAGGAUCAAAGAACAUAAAAAAUAGUCCCAGAAAAUGUUUGCUAACUAACUCUCUUCAGAAGAACAGCAAUUUUCAUCCAGUACAAGUCCAUAAUCUUCAAAUGAAAUUGAGAAGAGAUGAUAUCAUGUGGGAACAGUAACACAAUAGUAAAACUGUCACCUUAAAUGAACUCUGUCAGUGAGAUCUUGAA